GAGAAAUGCUCUAGGCUAAGAAUUUAGUUGCUAAUUUAAUGUGAAACAGACAACUUCUCUUCAACCUUCAUAGUGGAAGACCUCUUAUAAAAAGGGCAUUAACAAUCUCUCAUUCAAUCCACAAAUUGGAUAAAAGUCUCUACUUUCAGCUCUCAUUUUACAAAAUUAGGUGAGUCUAAUACCUCUCCUCUGCUUAGUUUUGUUCGUUCACUUCUAGUUUCACUACACUUUCAACUCAUACCAUACUAAAAAUUUCAAAGAACUCAGAUUCUUGUUUUUAGGAAACUGACUCGAGAAAGCUCAUCUUUUUAGACGAAGCGGUUAAAAGGAAGAAGAUGAAGUAUGUGGUGGUUUCAGGUGGAGUAGUGAGUGGACUCGGAAAAGGAGUCACAGCAAGUAGCAUCGGUCUCAUCCUCAAAUCCUGUGGUUUCAGAGUCACCGCCAUCAAAAUCGAUCCUUACUUAAACAUUGAUGCUGGGACCAUGUCACCUAUUGAGCAUGGUGAAGUUUACGUCUUGGACGAUGGUGGCGAGGUUGAUCUUGAUCUUGGGAACUAUGAGAGGUUCAUGGACAUUAAGCUGACCCGUGAAAACAACAUAACCACCGGGAAGGUUUAUAAGCAUGUGCUUGAGAAAGAGAGGAAAGGAGAUUAUCUUGGGAAGACUGUUCAGGUUGUUCCUCAUAUCACUGAUGCAAUUCAAGAAUGGAUCGAGCGUGCAGCUAAGAUUCCAGUUGAUGGACAGUCAGGUCCAGCUGAUGUUUGUGUCAUUGAACUUGGUGGAACAAUAGGAGAUAUAGAGUCCAUGCCUUUUAUUGAAGCUCUUGGGCAGUUCUCGUAUCGUGUUGGCUCUGAAAACUUUUGCUUGAUCCAUGUCAGUCUUGUGCCUGUACUGAAUGUUGUUGGUGAACAGAAGACUAAACCAACGCAACAUAGCGUUAAAGACUUGAGAGGCCUUGGCUUGAGUCCUAAUAUUUUGGCUUGCAGAAGCACAAAGCCACUUGAAGAUAACGUGAAGGCCAAACUUUCUCAGUUUUGCCAAGUUCAGAUGGAAAACAUUGUCACUCUCUAUGAUUGCCCCAACAUUUGGCACAUUCCAUUGCUUCUCAAAGAACAAAAGGCACACGAGGCGAUUUUGCGUGUCUUGAACCUUACAGGAAUUGCCAAGGAGCCUGCAUUAGAGGAAUGGUCUCUGAUGGCUAAAAUGAGCGACAAGUUGCACGUUCCGGUAAGAAUUGCUGUGGUUGGAAAGUACACUGAGCUCUUGGAUUCGUAUCUUUCCAUCCACAAGGCUCUCUUGCACGCUUCUGUGGCUAGGCGCAAGAAACUUGUCAUAGAUUGGAUUUCAGCUAGUGAUCUUGAACAAGGAGCCAGGAAAGAGAAUCCAGAUGCGUAUAAGGCAGCGUGGAAGUUACUCAGGGGAGCUGAUGGUAUUCUUGUGCCUGGAGGAUUCGGCAACAGAGGUGUACAAGGAAAGAUUCUUGCAGCGAAACACGCCAGAGAGAACAAAGUUCCAUACCUUGGUAUCUGUCUAGGUAUGCAACUCGCUGUGGUCGAGUAUGCAAGAAACGUACUUGGUUUGCCAGAUGCAAACAGCGCUGAACUCGAUCCCAACACCAAGAACCCUUGUGUCAUCUUCAUGCCAGAGGGUUCGACAACUCAUAUGGGAGGCACCAUGAGGUUAGGCUCAAGAAGAACUUACUUCCAAAGCAAGGACUCCAAAGCAGCAAAACUGUAUGGGAACAGAAGUUUUGUAGAUGAGAGACACCGACACAGAUAUGAGGUGAAUCCAGCCAUGGUUCCACGUCUCGAGAGCUCUGGAUUCACAUUCCCAGGAAAAGACGAGACGGGUCUGCGAAUGGAGAUUGUUGAGCUACCUAACCAUCCGUUUUACGUUGGAGCUCAGUUCCAUCCCGAGUACAAAUCAAGACCAGGCAAACCAUCUCCUCUGUUCCUAGGACUCAUUGGAGCAGCUAGUGGAGAGCUAGACAAUGUACUCCAGCAAAUCUGCCAAGAAGGCGGCGUCGUCUCACCACGCCCUCAGUCAAAUGGAAAACUCGAGAGAGUUUAUUGGAAAGGCACACCGAAAAAGCCAGUCAGUGUUGUAUACAGUGUAUGUGAUCGUGUCUACUCAUGAAGAUGACUCUGCGCCAGACGACGACGACUUCUCUCUACAAUAAAAAAGAAAAAUAUGUUUUAUCCGGAUUUUUAACGUGGAUUGCUUCGCUUAUGGGAGGGAGGAAGGGAGAAGGCUGUACAGUUUUGAGGAUUGGACUUUUUUUAUAUGAGAUGUGUUUCUUAAAAGAUUAUGAAGAACAGUAAACAUAAGCAGCAUUAGAAUAUAUAUACCUUUGUCUUUUGUAAUCGGUUAUAUAUUUAGAGAGAGAGAGAGAGAGAGAGAGAGAGAGAGAGAGAGAGAGUCAUGUGAUAUAACUCUCUCUCUCUCUGCUUCUGCUGUGUUUCUUGGAUUCUUUAUGUAUUAUUAGCCUAUCUUUGUGUUUGUUUUCUUGUUUUGGGUUCUUAUGCUUUAAACAUUUCCAGAGAAGUUUUUGAUUUCUCUGUAUGUUAAUGUAGCUUCUAUGUUAUUUGAAUGGUUAUGUUAUAUUUCCUAGCUA